ACAUAGGGAUCCCGGACGAGGCGGGAAGCGAACCCAGCCCGGCAGUCGCCAUGUGAGGGCUAUGGCUGAGCUCCGCAAGGCCCUGGCAGCAGUGGCCUUUGAGGGCGAGGUGUUCUGCGCAGACAAUGCGCAGGCGUGGCUUCUGCAACUUCAGAAGGGCGUGCAGGCGUUCCUGCUGGACGAAGAGCGCUUCUUUGUCUUGCUGUUGCGCGGGGAUGGAUCCUUCACGGUGCUAGACCCGCAGAGCAAAGAGGACCUGGAGGGCCAGGCAGAUGCGCAGCUCAGCCGAGAGCUCACUGAGGCGCCCGAGACGGGCGCGGAAGGCCACAGCUUUCGGCUGGCGGUUUGGCGGCCAGGCAAGGAGUACAUUCAGCUUCUUCAGGCGUCUGGCGGCCCCGUGAUGUUGCACUUGUGUCUCGGCGAGAUGCCCAGCCUCACGCUGAAGAGGUGGUCUUUUGAACCCAGUGCCUCGGGCCGGCUGCAAGUACUUCCGCUCUGGCUUGAGGUCCUCCCCUGUCGCCUGGUCGUGCAGAUCGAGGUGCUACUGCCUGAGGCAAGCAUGGCGCUGGCUCAGAGUGGAGUCACUCGCCUGACGCUGGGCAGCCUCAAUGUUGAGCUGGCAGCACAGGCCGGUCCAAUAACAGCUCUGCUGACCCCGAGCUUCGGCCCGGUGUUGUGCCUUUGCGCAGGCCAUUCGGAGCCCAGCAAAGCGCCGCAGCCCGUGCGAGUGCCUCCCAUCUUCGUGGCCUGCGCAGCCGGUGUGCACUGCGUCCUCUCCCAUGAGGUGUUGAGCCUGUCGUUGCCGGGCAUGCGCGCCAUGGCUUUCGGGAAGACAGGCUUGUCCUGGCAUGGCUCCAGCUGCCUGGUCCUCAGUGACGAUGGCUUCGCAAUGGUCCACUUGCUCGAGAAGGAGUCUUUGGAGACCGGAUCUGGUUUGCCGGAGGAGCAGCGCAGCUACCAGCUCGUCUGCAAAGCUUUGGGCUCCCUCCCUUUCAGCUGCACCGGCGCUGAGCUUCAGCAGCUCAGGCCAUCGGCCAGCUCAGGACUGAAUUGGCUUCUUUGCGCCUCGACUUGGGAGGGCCUCACCACAGUGCUGCUGGAGCUGCGCGGCGGGGAGUUUCGCAUUGCCCAGCCGCAGCUGCAGGUGAGGCGUCCAAAGCAAGGCCCCGUGCAGGCCGCAUGCUGCACCGCCUGGCCAGGUUUGGACUGGCAGCAGCUUUGCGUGGCUUUGCCAGGCGACGGAGAGAGCCGGCUGGAGCUGUGGCAGCUGGGCGCCACACAGGCACCCUCCUGGUGGGUCUCGCUGGAAGGCGCGCAUGUCUUCAGCAGCCACGAGUGGCCUGAUGACUCGGAGCUGAUGCUGGAAGGCGAGCUUGCGGUUCUCACCAGCCGCGGCGAUGACUUCAGCCAGCUGCUGGACAUCAGGCCGGACAUCCCAGUGGAGCUUCAGAGGCUCGAAGGAUACUCCUUGCUGAUGAGGCAUUUUCCAGAGCAGGGCCUGCUUCUGCAGGUCACUGAGAACAGCCUCCUGGUGUACGGAGGCGAAGGGUCCUGGGAACUGCUGCACCGGCAGAGAUUGGAUCCCUUCUGCAACCACGCCGCGGCUUGCAAAGGUCAAGCCUUCACGGCGUGCGGGGCCGUGCUCUCCCGCUAUGAGGUGAGUCGGUCUGGCAUCACGCGCAGUGAGACCAAGGUGUUGCAAGACCAGGUGUCCGCCCUGGCCAUCACCUCGUCUGAACCUCUUUGCGCGGGCCUAUGGCUCUCCAAGGUGAUCUUGGUUCUGGACACCAAGACGCUUGAGGAGCUUCAACGCUUUCCGGUGCCCACGCGGAUAUGCUCCAUGCAUGUCGUCAUCGAUCCUGGAGGCUGGGCGCUUUGGGCCGGCUCGGCCCAGGGCCAUCUGCUCCGGCACAGCCAGGGCGAAGGCGCCUCGUGGCGAUUGGGCGCCUCACCCCUGCGCCUUCGACCGGCCACCGGCGCUGCCGAAGCGCUGGCGGUUUCUGCAGAGGGGGCCUUUCUGCUGGCGACGGCUGGAGAUUUCACGCCUUGCCUUUGGCCCUCGGACCUGGUCUUUGCACAUCCCUGCGGCGACAAAAAGAUGCUCGUGCUUUCCAGAGGCUCCGGGGGCCUGGUGCUGGCCAAAGCGCCCAUCACCGCCAAACGCGAGGCCCACAGGGUCCUGCGCAGCACCAAGCUCUGCGGGGAGGUUCUGUCCUUGGCCUUCAAAGCGGAUCCGCCGGCCAUCCUCGUGCUGGCGCAGCUCUCUGCGAAAGAGCGGCGAGCGCUCCUGACGCUGGACCGACACCUGCAGCUGCUGGCGCUGGUGCCCCUGGAGGACGAGGCCAAGCGCCUGUGGCCGCUGGGCCGGCCUUCCUCCUGGCUCUACGACCUCAGCGACGGGGUGCUGCUAGCGCUUGGGCAUCCAGGCGCCGGGUCGCCCCCGACGUCGCUGCACAAAGUGCAGCUUCCUGCGAGGCAGGCACCCUGGCUGCCGCAAGAAACCACAGGCAAAGUCGUGGCCUCCUUGCGCUUGGACACGCCGGCACUGCUCGCAGCUACUGCGGCAGUUGGUGCGCCGGUGGUUCUGGGCACCACCUCCCUGCGCUUCGUCUCUUCCACGCUGCGGAGCCUCGGGAAGUGCCCGCUCAAAGACCUGGGCCUGGAGCGAUCGCAGCUGCAGGCGCUGAGCCUCACUGCCGGCAGGCCGGGAAGCUGGCCACCUCUGGCCCGAGCGGCUUCAGGAGAUACCCUCUUCGCCUUCCUGGGCCUGGCAGCUGGAGUGAUGAUCCUGCAGCUGAAGCUGCGAGGAGAAGAGGCGCCUGCCUGCAUCCCUCUCCGCUUGGUCCUGGAGCAUUCGCAGAUGCCUUCGUUAUCUCAGGUGCUGGCGUUUCAGGCGCCCGCCUCGCAGCAGCCGUGCGGCUUCUUUGUCGGGGAUGCCUCGGGCAGCAGCAUUUGGCGCUUGGACUUCAGCGCUGGGCCGCUGGAGCUGCCAUCGGUCCGCGCCAGGUCAGGCCCGCGCCUUCCUGAAGGUCUUCCGGUGCUCGGCAACUUCUGGCCAGCAAAGGAAGGCACAGGAAAUUUGGGGUGUGUGACUCUGUCCGAGUCGCAGGUGUACCUCUUCGAUCUGUAGGACAGUCAGACCACUGAUCCGCAGCGAAGGAACAG